AUGAGGCAUAACAAAAUUAAUUAUUCCCCAUUCGUGUCUUCACAAGUACAACAAAGAAGCAUAAUCAAUCAAUGGCAUAUGUUUGACUAUUCACUAGAAUGCCGCAAAAGAGAAAACAGACUACUCAAGCACAAUUCCAGUGAGAAAACCAACAAACAAGAAGCUUUCAUUGUUGUGCUUGAAGAUGCUCUCAAACAGUAG